AUGGAGCUCCUUAGAAGACAAUUACACCAACAACAACAACAAAAACAACAACCCACUCCAACUCCACAACCAACUCCAACUCCACAACCAAAACCAAAACACUCUGCAUCAACCUCUGAAGAAGAAGACCAACAACCACCACAACCAACUCCAACUCCAACUCCAACUCCAACUCCAACUCCAACUCCAACUCCAACUCCAACUCCACAAUCAACACCACAACCAACAACAAAAACAAUAUCAAGAUCAAGAGAAAGAUCAAAACAUACCCCACGUCCAUUAACUACUUUACCAACACCAAUACCAAAGUCAAAACCAAGACCAACACCUCAUUCAACACCAAAACACAAAUUAAAACCAAAACCAAGACCAAAACCAACUCAAAGACCAAUCCCAACCCAAAGCCCAAUUCCAUCCCCAAUUCCAUCCACAAUCCCAAUUCCAUCCCCAAUCCCAUCCCCAAUUUCAUCCCCAAUUUCAUCCCCAAGUUCAUCCCCGACUCCAUCCCCAAUUCCAUCCCCAACUCCAUCCCCAAUUCCAUCCCCAAUUCCAUCCCCAGUUCCAUCCCCUACUCCAUCCCCAACUCCAUCCCCAACUCCAUCUCCAACUCCAUCUCCAACUCCAACAAGAUCAAAACAAACCCCACCCUCAUUACUUACUUUUCCACCACCAAAACCAACACCAUUAUCAAAAACAAGAUCAAAAACAAGAUCAAAACCAAGAUAA